AUGGUCCAGGAACUCCCAGCCUUGCUCGUCGCGCGUCAGCUGGUUGCCUGACAUGUACAGCGACUGUGGGCAGAGCAUGCCGAUGACUCACUGCUCCUUUGUAUAUUUAUGCUAUUGUUUUCAUCCGACACCUCGCUGUCCGACAACAUCAACUGCAAUAAACAUAAGAUGGAGAGAUUUCUGCACCAUGGCAGGUUUUAUGUUGCCUCUGUAUAUGCUCCAAUUUCCUUCCCUCCACUUCCUCUAAUAGUUUUGAAGAACAGAGAUGGCGAGCAACCUGCCAUUGUAGCUGUAGGUUCGCUAAAAAGUAUGGAUCCAGAUCGGAUCAUUCUGAAGAAAAUUGUUCUGACCAUGUAAGCUUGGGUGCAUCCAUC